CGCCCCGGCCCGCAGAGCAGGCAGCGCAGCCCGGCGGGGCGGCGGCGGUCCCCGCCGGCCUGAGGAAGCACGGGCAGCCGCGGCGGGCCGAGGUCGCGGGGCGCUCGGCGGGCACCAGCCAUGGGGUGUAGUGAGGUGAGGGCACUGCUCUGGAGAGUCGGCCUCUUCCUCCCCCUGCUGACAGCGAGCCCCGCCGCCGCCGGGCACGUCGCCAGCAACCACGUUGUGUUACUUGAUACUACAACUGCCCUCGGAGAAUUAGGAUGGAAAACAUUUCCCUUAAAUGGGUGGGAUGCCAUAACUGAGAUGGACGAACACAACCGUCCCAUUCACACUUACCAGGUGUGCAACGUGAUGGAGCCCAACCAGAACAACUGGCUGCAAACCAACUGGGUCUCCCGCGACGCCGCGCAGAAGAUCUACGUGGAGAUGAAAUUCACCCUGAGGGACUGCAACAGCAUUCCCUGGGUGCUGGGGACCUGCAAGGAAACCUUCAACCUCUACUACGUGGAGUCAGAUGAGCCCCAUGGGGUAAAGUUCAAGCCAAACCAGUACACUAAAAUCGAUACCAUAGCUGCUGAUGAGAGCUUCACCCAGAUGGACUUGGGCGACCGCAUCCUCAAGCUCAACACGGAAGUUCGUGAGGUUGGGCCGAUCAACAAGAAGGGGUUUUAUCUUGCUUUUCAGGACAUUGGGGCGUGCAUUGCUUUGGUGUCAGUCCGUGUCUAUUACAAGAAGUGCCCUUUCACGGUCCGUAAUUUGGCCAUGUUUCCUGACACCAUUCCAAGGGUGGAUUCUUCCUCGCUGGUGGAAGUACGGGGCUCCUGCGUGAAGAGCGCCGAGGAGCGGGACACCCCAAAAUUGUACUGUGGGGCAGAUGGGGAUUGGCUGGUGCCUCUGGGACGAUGCAUCUGCAGUGUGGGAUAUGAAGAACUGGACGGUUCCUGCCAUGCUUGCAGGCCUGGAUUCUAUAAAGCGUUUGCUGGAAAUGUGAAGUGCUCCAAGUGCCCUCCACACAGUUUGACUCACAUAGAAGCCACUUCAGUCUGUCAGUGUGAGAAAGGUUAUUUCAGAGCUGAGAAGGACCCACCAACUAUGGCAUGUACCCGGCCCCCCUCUGCUCCGAGGAACGUGGUGUUCAACAUCAACGAAACAGCCCUGAUGCUGGAGUGGAGCCCCCCGAGCGACACGGGAGGCAGGAAGGACCUGACCUACAGCGUCGUGUGCAAGAAGUGCGGCUCGGACGCCAGCCAGUGCGAGAUCUGCGGCGGGGGCAUCCGCUUCGUCCCCAGGCACACGGGGCUCACCAACUCCUCCGUCACCGUGCUGGACUUCGUGUCGCACGUCAACUACACCUUCGAGAUAGAGGCCACCAACGGCGUCUCGGAGCUGAGCUUCUCCCCCAAGCAGUUCACGGCCAUCACCGUCACCACUGACCAGGACGCACCCACCUUGAUAGGUAUGGUAAGGAAGGACUGGGCUUCCCAAAACAGCAUUGCCCUCUCCUGGCAAGAGCCGGACUUUCCCCAUGGAGCAAUUCUGGACUACGAGAUCAAGUACUAUGAGAAAGAGCAUGAGCAGCUCAGCUAUUCCUCCACAAGGUCCAAGGCUCCAAGUGUUAUCAUCACAGGUCUCAAGCCAGCCACCAAGUAUAUAUUUCAUAUCAGAGUCAGGACGGCAGCAGGAUACAGCGGCUAUAGCCAGAAGUUUGAAUUUGAAACUGGAGAUGAAACUUCUGACAUGGCUGCAGAGCAGGGACAGAUUCUUGUCAUAGCCACUGCUGCUGUUGGUGGAUUCACUCUCCUGGUCAUCCUCACUUUGUUCUUCCUCAUCACUGGCAGAUGCCAGUGGUACAUAAAGGCCAAAAUGAAAUCUGAGGAGAAAAGAAGGGCUCAUUUGCAAAAUGGACACUUACAUUUCCCAGGACUCAAAACAUACAUAGAUCCAGACACCUAUGAAGACCCAUCUCUUGCUGUCCAUGAGUUUGCCAAGGAGAUUGAUCCUUCAAGAAUUCGUAUUGAAAGAGUCAUUGGGGCAGGGGAGUUUGGAGAAGUAUGCAGUGGACGUCUGAAGACACCAGGAAAAAGAGAGAUCCCUGUUGCCAUUAAAACUCUGAAGGGUGGCUAUAUGGACAGGCAGAGGAGAGAUUUCCUGAGGGAGGCGAGCAUCAUGGGACAGUUUGAUCACCCAAACAUCAUUCGCCUUGAAGGAGUUGUCACAAAAAGAUCCUUCCCGACCAUUGGGGUGAAGUCUCUUUCGAGAUUCCUGAGGGCGGGAUUUUUAAAUAGCAUCCUGGCCUCACAUCCAGUGGCAGGGGGUGGAUCUUUACCCCCCAGCAUUUCCUCUGGCAGACCAGUAAUGAUUGUAGUUGAAUACAUGGAGAACGGAUCCCUGGACUCCUUCCUGCGGAAGCACGACGGGCACUUCACAGUGAUCCAGCUGGUUGGAAUGCUGCGGGGCAUUGCCUCUGGCAUGAAGUACCUGUCGGACAUGGGCUAUGUGCACCGGGACCUGGCGGCGCGGAACAUCCUGGUCAACAGCAACCUCAUGUGCAAAGUCUCCGAUUUUGGCCUGUCACGGGUGCUGGAGGAUGACCCCGAGGCCGCCUACACCACAAGUGGUGGGAAGAUCCCCAUCAGGUGGACGGCCCCCGAAGCCAUCGCUUACCGCAAGUUCUCCUCAGCCAGCGACGCCUGGAGCUACGGAAUUGUCAUGUGGGAGGUGAUGUCCUACGGAGAGAGGCCCUACUGGGAGAUGUCCAACCAGGAUGUCAUACUGUCCAUUGAAGAGGGCUACAGGCUUCCAGCUCCCAUGGGCUGCCCAGCUUCUCUUCACCAGCUCAUGCUGCACUGCUGGCAGAAGGAGAGGAACCACCGUCCCAAGUUCAGUGACAUUGUCACCUUCCUGGACAAGCUGAUCCGCAACCCCAGCACCCUGCAUACCCUCGUGGAGGAUGUACUGGUAAUGCCAGAUUCACCUGGUGAAGUUCCAGAAUAUCCUUUGUUUGUUUCAGUCAGUGACUGGCUGGAUUCCAUAAAAAUGGGUCAGUAUAAAAAUAACUUCAUGGCAGCAGGUUUCACAACUUUGGAUAUGGUUUCAAGAAUGAAUAUUGAUGACAUUAGAAGAAUUGGAGUUGCACUCAUUGGACACCAGAGACGAAUAGUCAGCAGUUUACAGACUUUGCGGUUACACAUGAUGCACAUACAGGAGAAAGGAUUUCAUGUAUGAGAGUAAUAGAAGCAACUGUGUUUUGUGCCUCAGCAUUUCUAAAAUGGAAAAAUAUUCUCAUUCUUCCCUCCUGCUCUUCCCAACUUCAAGAACUGCAGUCUCCAGUUCAGACUAUACAAGUACUUCUAUGUUAAUGCUUCCAAACCGGAAUUUUUAAUCACACUGCACAGCUCCUCCACCAGUUCUCUGCCGAUAGAAUCCUGGCCUCCUGCAAGACUCUUGCUACACAUUGAUGGAUAACUCAGCAUGGAUGUGUAACUUUGUAUAACAGUAUUUGGGAAACUUUCAUGGACUUACUUGAAAGUAGUAAUCUAUUUGGCCUGGUGUGGCUUCUUUAUCGAUGUAUUUAGAAUUUGCUGGUAGAUCAAAAAGUAUUUGACUUCUUUCAUGUUCUGUGACCAUGUAACUUCCAACACCAAAUGUGCAAUCAAAAAGAAGUUUAACAUAAAUAUUUAUUUUAUCUCUUAAUUAAAUCCAAAUGUAUGUGUCCUAUCAUUAUAUUACUUUCUAAUUGUUUGAAUGCUGGUAAGCUGGUGCCUCAAAACAUUAGUAUUGUUUGCAGAAAUGACUGAUGAUUUUAUGUAGUGAGUUUUCAUUGUGUGAAUAAUUGGAACAUGGUGAGACUAAUCUGUUUGAAAUCUUAAGGAAGGUUCUUGAUUUUCAAUUACUUCAGCACUCGACACUUUUUAUGCUUUAAAUUUUAGAUUAAGUCGGAAAACUUGUUUAUCCUUGGGAUUCCUCGCCACCCUACAACCCGAUUUUUUAUGUAAUAUUCAGCGUUUGCUUCUACUGCUGGAAAACUGGUAGUAGUGUUCCCACGACCAUGUGUAAAACAUGAUUAUCAGCUCUGUUGUGGCACACAGAUUUCAGAAAAGCUUUCUGUUUCAAACAUGCAGCUCUCUGCUGUUGGAUUGGGAAUCAUCUCCAGCAGCAGAGCUCAGAGGGCCAGCCAUGGGCUGGGUGAUGGGAUCAUUCCCGUGGGAGCAGGCCGGCCAUCUCCUCCUCCAGCCCCACUGCUGCUGGAAGUUACAGGCUGCAGGAUGCAGUGACCUUACACAAAGGCAGAGAAGGAGAUGCAGGACAGCAGUGUGGUAAUAUGUUGCCUUGAGUUUACUUCUGACUGAUUCUAGAAGUUAAAAAGCAAACUCUGCUGAAAUGGAGCUCUGGUCAUUCCAGGCCAGAUCUUCAUUUAGUACAGAUCUCUAAAGGACAUCCUUUAGAGGCAUUACCUUUAGAACCCUUCAAUAGCCAUAUUUACAUGCAAGAAAACGUCAGCAAAGGCCUACCAUAAUAUUUGUACCUCUCUAAGACUUCCAGCUUCCACGUUUUAUUCAGACAGCUGACACAGACAUGCUGGGCUACAUUUGCAUGGGAUAUGCACUCCUGGGCACGGGGCAGGACCGCAUGGAACCCCAGGCAGAUCUGCACUGCAUGUCACAUGUAACCCUGUGCAGACGCUUCUCUCCACUCCUGUGUCCUCUGCAGGGCACCUCUGAGCUCCCUGGCAUUCCAACAUGCUCAAGCAUCACAGCUCUUCUGUUAAAACGUGCAUUUGGGUAAUGACUAUAGUCUACGUGUAUAUCAAAAGGAACUAACUCCUUUGUGUAAUCAUAAUGGUAUUUACUGCUUUGUUUACAGUUUGUAAAUCACAAGGUAUUUCCUAAGUCUUGGAAAAGGCUGCCAUUGUAUAUCAGUGACAAAGAAGGGAAAUCAGAAAGCAACGCAGAAAAGGUUAUGCUUCCAGCCAGAUCACAGAGUAAGACACAUGAGGCCUGAUUCACUGUUGUCAAUUUAUGUUGGAAUAAUUGCAUUGAUUUCGGUGAGAUAACAGUAAUGCACUAAGUAAAUCUUUCUUUCAUUAAAAAAAAAAGGGCAGAUGUAACUGAGGAGCAAGUUUUCUAAAGAUCGGGAGACACUGGUGUUCUACAAUUUGAUGAGCUUGUUUAAAAAAAGGCAGCUUCAGUCCUGUUGUAGCUCCAAAGGUAAUUUUGCCAGCAGGAGUAUUCCCGCUGAACUCAUCAGUCUGGCAGAAGGGCAUGAGUUUUGCAGCAUCACAGCCCUUCAGUGGGGAAAAACCAUUUGUUCUUUUCUGUGACUGUCACUUGAAAAAUUCUGCCUGAAUUCCACAUCUGAAUAAUUUUUUGGUAGAGGUGCUCUUACAGAAAGAAAACCACACUUACCUGAAGCCUUUCUAAAAAUACUAACACACCACAGAGUAAUUUAAAAGUGGAUUUUGCUUCACCCUUUUAUUAUCCAUUUUGCCCAUCGUUCCUUCCAUGGCCAACAACAGGACUUCUGUGCAAUGAGCCUUUCUCACAAUUAAAUCCAUUACUGAGGAGGUGUGAGUCUGUUAUUUGUUAAUGGGGUUGCAAAAUCAUUCAUAGCUGACCCAAACCGUGUAUGUGCACUUUUAGAUUGUCUUUUGUCAGUUUUUUCAUUCCUGGUAGUGAGAAUGCAGAAUUGACAUUGUUCCAUGCACACAACCUGGAUAUAUUUCAUUAAAAUUAAUUUCUAAAUUUAUCACACUACUGAAAAUAUUUUUCAAUAGAAAAAAAAAUAUAACUAAAGUAAAACAUUUAUUAAUCAGAUAUAUUUUUUAUAUAAACAAGAGUUUGGGUAACCAGAAAGGAAAGAACAAGGGAUUCUUUCAGUGAGCACAUUUGUUAAUAACAUUGUAAAUCCAGGAUUUUGUGGGUUUAUACAGCUUGUUUUUCUGUUGUUGUGGUGCAGUAUGACACUUUUCUAAUAGUUAUCUUGAUGAAGCUCACAUUUUCCCCAUUUUUGGAAAUAUUUUAUUUGCUGUUGUGCUGAUUCCUAGUCUAUUCUUGCUUUAGUUUGAGGAUUUUUUUUAAAUUUAAAAACAAAACAAAAAACAACCCUAAGAGGUGUUAUUUUUCAAAUGUGAGCUCAAUUCUGCAUAGGCCACAAAUGUAUAUGUGAAAUUAGAGUAACUGUCUUUGUUACAAGAAAUUCUUUCUUCAGGAGAAAAUUAGCUCUAGUUAUCCUGCAUAUUGCAGCUGGAGUUUAAAUUUGACAAAUUUAAGCAAAUUCAAUUGGUUGUUUUUCAGAAUCUGACCCACAUUACAGAGUGCUUCAUGACUAAAAGUACCCAUGGAAAGUUCACAAAAUAAAGUGUGUGCAAUAUGCAAGCAACAACAAAAGAAAAGGUGUUAUAAUGUGGAUGUCAUAAAGAAAUAAUUCUUACCUGUUUCUCUGCAUUCAGUGCUAGCUCAUCCAUUCAGGCAUCUGUGCUUGGUCAGCUGAAUCUCAUGCCUUAACUGUAUCCAGUCGUUUGGCUGAACCUGGGAAACAGAGAGAGUCUUGUUUGUGAUGUUUAAACUGAACAAGGCACAGCAGAAGGUUUGGUGGAAUUUACUCAUGAGGUGUUUGCACAUUGGAAUUACUGCAAAACAACAAGAUGCCAGGAGGUGAAAGGAAGAGAAGUGAGACAUGUAAUUUCAAUUUUUCUUGAACAAAAUUUACCCUUUUUCUUUCCCAUGAACUUAAAUCCAGUGUCUGUCCAGUGAAAGCUUAGAAACAUGCCAUGCUUCAGGACAUCAGCAUAGAUUAAUCCUUUUCUUGCAAAUAGUGCACUCAACAAAAAAAAUGCAAAUAAAUUAGUUGUUCUGGCCAAACAUUCUGUGUCCAAUAUUGUAUUAGGUAUUACCUGGAUUACUCUGACACAGAAAUCCUAGACUGCAUUACUUUGAUUUUUACAUCACUUAAGACUGACUAUCCAUUUUUUAUAUGAUGAGCCUAACAGAGGGCUUCAUUAAUUUCUUUUUCAAUGCAGAUUCCUACAGGAUCCAAAGAUGGGUCGUAAGUAACACACAGACCCCCUUUAUCCAGAAUCAGCUGAGAUUUACCAUGAGGAAUAGCUGGGACUGUGGACGUGCCUAGUGAGACUGCAUUACCCACAGCAAUUUGCAUGUCAGAAUGAUCCCAUGGGACCACAUCAGCCACCAAGGUAAAGCAGCACGGAACAUUCUUGACCCUGCAUUAAAGAGCAGUUCCUCAUUUCCAGCUGGCCCUGUUGUAAACUGCAGCAUUUAUUGAAGUGUUUUACCUCAGCUGAUGGAAUGGUUCUAUGGGACACAUUCUGGCAGCUCAGAAUUCUCUUAGGAACACAGGGUACCUGCAGUAACUGUCCUGUCACGGGCUCACUCUCUCUGGGAAUAUUCCUUCAGAGAGUGGAAAGCAGGACUUGCCUCUAACCCAGUCCAGUAUUUCUUUAGCUAAAAUCACAAUGAAAAUUUGUCUUCCAUUGCAUGUUCCAGGAAAAGUACUAAAACUAGAGACACUUGUGGCAUUUGCACAUGGUUGAAGAACUCUGUAUUCCGUUAAACAGUUUUCUUCCAGAACACCCUUGUUCACCAAUUGUAAUGAAUCUUUCCUGAAUAAAUGGCAAAGAUAAUUUCUUUUUUAUAAUAGUACUAUAAUUAUUUUUUGAGAGGAAAUAUAUGUUGGGCUGGGCUAACUCUUAGUAGGACCUCUUAGAUCUUGAAAUCUCCUGGGGAGACGAAUCAUCUCUGAAAAGGAAAAAAACUCCCUAAAACCUACAGUAAGGUAAAAUGGGAAGAACUGUUCAUACUGAGCCAAGGAGCUCUAACAAAACCCCAAAAGUUUCAUAAGACAGUGCCAGGUGCUUACAGCUGACAAAAUUUUCUACCAUCAUAUCCCAUAUUUAGUAGUGCACACUGCUCAUCCAUGAGUGUUGUAUAUAAUUCCUCCGAUUAUGGACCAGGAUAUGGUGAACAUGUUGUGGUUAUAAAAUAUUUGUCUAUAUGUACAUAAAGAAUUGUAAAUAGAAUGUAUAUCGUAAUACCAGAUUUUUCAAACCUGCAGAAUUAAUUACCUAUUACCAACAACACUAAUGGGGUUUAUUUGCUCCACUGGCAUUUACAUUUUUUAGUGGCAUGCACUGUGUGAGUAUAGUUCUUCCCAAAAUUCCUUGGCUUGUUGGCUGGAAAUGGACAGCCUCUCUUUUCCCCCACUGGUAGAAAAACAUUUUCAAACUGGCUUGGAGAAAGCUGCCACCUCACCCAACCCCUUCCUGCUAAUUCUCUUCCAUUCAGCUAAUUACUGUAGAAAUUAGUGAUCCCAAAAGGGAAGCAAGGUGCCCAUGAAACAGCAAAGCUAGGAAGGUGGAGUCCAUGCUAUAAAGAGUUUUCAGUUCCUCUGCUGAAAUCACCAAAGAUGUUUGCAGAAUAUAUAAAUUAUUUUCUUUUAAAUGGCUGUUUAUAGACACCUAGGAGGUUAAAUGAGGGAAAUUUUCAAGGGAAUAUGAGUCAGGAUAUGCCAACGUAUAGUAUAAAAAGAUAUGCUGAAUUUUAGAAGGGAAAACCAACAACAAUGACUGAUGAAAAAACUAAGGUUAAAAAAAAUGGAUUAAAGUAUAUUCCCAUAUUUUAUAUGUGAAAUAAUGUAACACCAGUUCAGUGAAAUCUAUUUGAGUGUAUAUUUUGUUAAAUAUCCUGCAUAUCUUCCUUUCCUGUCCUGCAAGAGAUUUCCCAAGUACCCAUCUCUUCCAGAAAGGUUUAGCAUA